AUGCUCAACGAAUUGAGGGAAACACGAAAGAAAAUAGCACUGCGAGUAAACAGAAAGAAGACACAGUUUAUGAAGAACGCUUACUACGAAGACGGCGGAGUACAACUUCAAGAUUCCCAAACCAUGGGAACUUCGUUAUACGUGUACUUCGAACGUUCUAUGAACAUGGAAAACGACUUGAAGGAAGAACUGAAUAGAAGAUUGAGAGCAGCAUGGGCAGCAUUCGCACCCGUCAGGACCAAGAUCUUCGUGCCCAUCUGUUCCACUCGAUAG